UCAAUCAUACAUAGAUUAUACAAUUGGGUCAUAUGUAUAGCGGGAGUCUCUAUAUAAAUACCGUACCCUAGGUCCCUACUUCCUCCUAAGCCAAGCCAAUCGGAUCCGCCCGCUUGCGAGCUAGAACUUCACCUGCAGCGAUCUUGCGUUGCAUUUGCGUUCCCAAGUUACAGCUAGCGAUCAAUGGAUUCCGCCGCGGUUAAGGUCGCCGCCGCCGCCCUCUGCGUGCUGGUGGCCGUGUCCGUCGCCGCCGGGCAGCUCAAGACGCCGGCCUCCACCUCCACGUGCCCGGACGUCGACGUCGACGUCUACGACGGCGCCGCGACGCCGCUGCUGCUGAGCCAGCCGCGGGAGCUGGAGCUGAUCAAGGAGGACGACGAGGCGCGCCUCGCCGAGGAGCUCGCGCUCCUCGUCGCCGACGGCGCCGGCGCCACCAUCUGCCCCACCAGCUGCCAGAAGUGCCUGGUCAAGUGCGCGGCGUCCUGCGUCGUCGACAUCAUCCACCCGCCGACCUUCGUCGCCUGCUUCCUCAAGUGCGCCGUCGUCCACAGUACCUGCUUCGCCAAGAAGUGAUCCGCCGGCGGCCGGUGCCGGAGCACGUCGGCGCUCGCUCGCUCGUUUGCAUGCAUUGCUUGCCUUGUUUGCGUACGUACGUGCGUGCGCCGUCGUCGAGGUCGCCAUGCGUGCACUCCUCCCUGCGUGCAUGCGUACGUGGUGUUGCGUGUUUCCUUCUUAAUCAGUCGCCGAUCAAGCGAUCGGUUUACCAUUGAUGGUGUCGUUGACAUGCAUAGUAAUUUGUAACGUGUGUCUGUCUGUAAGGAUGUUGUUGCACGCACAAGCGUGGUUUAUUAUCAAAAUUUGACAAUGCUUCCAGCGUAAAUUAAGGGAUAGUGUUUCCACGAUAUAUUAAGGUACAAUGAUUUUAUAUGUUCGCAAUAUUGAAAUAAAACUGAUGAUGCUUUUGU